AUGGAAGUCCCCGAUCCAACCUCUUUGAGCUCGCCAGGCUUUGGGCAAGCCACCAACUACUUGUCCUCAACCAACAACCAGAUCGCGGGACAUGCAACGAAUAAUCAUGACCUCUCCUUUGCAACGUUGCUCAUGGCCGCGGAGCAUGCGAGACCACAAGCUCACCCCACUGUCACUGAGCCUAUAUUUCAUACUCAGGAGCAGUUUCUAGCUGGAUCAAGUGUUCAGACUUCCCUUCCAACAACGUCCAAUGGCCUCAAUGGCCUCAAUGGCAUUGGUGGUUUGAACGGGUUCGACUUUGACGACUCAUUACAGGAUCUCGCUAAUUUCAUGGAUAACGGGGCAUUAUCUUCAUAUCAUUUCUCAUCAUUAAUCAGUGCAGAGCAACCAAUUCCCUUCUUCUCACCCGAGUCUCUCCAUCAGACGGGAGAUUUGUUCCCAACGAACGAGACUACGAUUCAGCCACGUCCCAGCCAGUCACUCGAGCAGCCAGAAGAUUCUAGUUCAUUUUCGAGGUUCGGAUCACGGCUACCGUCACUACAACCAGAAGAAAGUCCCUCCGCGCCUCAGAACGAGCAACAUGCACAAAAAGCUCUUUCUGACCUCAACACCGAUGAUAGACAAGCAGUCGCAGUCAAGUUAUCCGAGUUUUCUCAUGCGAUCCCUGCCAAUUUCCAGCUGCCUUCAAGGCUGGCUCUUUCGAGAUACCUAGCAGGUUAUGUAAAUGGCUUCCACGAACACUUGCCGUUUCUUCAUAUACCUACCAUUUCUGUUCACAAUUGUUGUAUUGAACUUAUUCUCGCCAUGGCUGCCGUAGGGGCUCAGUAUUGCUUCGAAGGCCAGAAGGGAGUCGAAUUAUUCCAUGUCAGUCAGUCCAUCGCCAUGCAGAGGAUUCGCCAACGCGAUGCAAGGCUCGCCGGCUCUCACAACACGUCUUCAUCAUUAUCUCCGUAUCAAGGGCGAGUAAGGACUAGUGAGAUACUGACAACGGGCGAGACACCACGCAGCGGAUCUAUGUCUGGCUGUCUGGGACUACCCUCUCAACCGGAUCCAGAUUCUGGUGUUCAGAAGGAAGAUCUCAUACAAACAGCUCAGGCCCUCUUGCUCCUCAUGGCAAUGGCAACCUGGGCUAAACACCGUGAGAUCCUUCGAGAAGCGCUCGCCAUCCAGAGCGUUCUCGCCACACUGGUCCGCGAUGAUGGUUUCAAGUCUCCUCCAAUGGCUGAUGACAUCAGUUGGCCAGAAUGGAUCAGGAGGGAGACAACCAAAAGAACCAAGUUCAUUGUUUUCUGCUUCUUCAACCUCCAUACAAUCGUUUACAACAUACCAUCUUUGAUUCUUGCUUCCGAAGUCGACCUCGACCUACCGUGUAACGCAUCCGAGUUCAAAGCAUCAACUGCGACCAAGUGGAAAGAGCUCCGUACUCGCUCCUCUCCCGAAGUGAGUUUCCAGACGGCUAUUCAUCGCCUCUUCUCUCGCUCAGUGAAUGACGCCAACACCUACAAUUCUUCAUUGGGCAACUAUGUCCUCGUCCACGCCUUGCUCCAGCAUAUUUUCUUUGUUCGACAAAUCUCUCGAUAUCGACUUGACUAUGGUGGCGAACUUCGUGCGGAUGACGUUGCCGCCAUCGAACAAGCUCUCCGCAAUUGGCAGCUCGCAUGGAAGCGCAACCCAGAGUCAUCUCUCGACCCGAUGAAUCCCAAUGGUCCAGUGACGUUCAAUUCGACUGCUCUCUUGCGCCUCGCUUACAUCCGACUCAAUGUAGAUCUCGGCCCAGGACGAGCACUAGAUACCAGGGAUCCUAUCCAAAUCGCCAAUGCGUUUCGUGACAGUCCUUCGGUCAAACGUACACCCAAACUUGUCCGAGCAGUUCUCCACUCGGCCCAUGCACUCAGUAUACCGGUCAAGAUUGGGAUUCAUCUCGUGGCUCAGACACAAACCUUCAUGUGGUCCAUACAGCACUCGCUCUGCACGCUUGAAUGUGCAUUUCUCCUGAGCAAAUGGCUUGAAGCACUUAGCCUUCGGAAUUCGGGACCGGUUGUAACUCAUGAUGAACAGAAGAUUGCGACGUUGGUGAAGACCAUGUUGGAUGAAACGGAGUUUGCUAUGCCGGAUGAUGUGCCGAUGGAAUCACCUGCCGCAAUGAAAUAUUUGAGUGCUGGAGUUCUGCGAGUAUGGGCUCAAGUGUUCCGCGGUGCACAAACCUGGGCCAUUGUCGACGUGAUCGGGACAAGUCUCAAUAUAUACGCCGAUAUGCUUGAAGCUGACUGA